ACGGCGCUUUACGCAACGUCGGUGUGGCGACAGUGGGACCAGCAGUGCCUCUCACGAUUCCGUUCUCGCUCUGUCCUCCGUCUCGCGAACGUUGUCCAGGGAGCAAUUCGGAGCCCGAGCCUAAGCCCGAGCGCCGCUUACGAACACUGCCUUGAAGGCUGAGAAGAGGGUGGUGUUGUGCUAGUGAGAGGUGGUCGAAGACGAGAAUACGUAUAGUGGUGUAUUGCCCGUGAUCGACGCCGAGGAGCCACGUCCUCCUCCUCGGCACAACGCCUGCGAUCCUGGCCUGCUGACGGCACCGUAUCCGUCAUCGCCGGUCAAGAAACGGCCGGCCCCCGCUGCAUCGCUCGCUAACGCAGCGACUGUGUGUCAUUACUACUGUCCCACUGCCUCACACACUGCGGCCUCAUGAUUGGUUCAUUUUGGAACCUCUGCCGUGCGUGCCCUUCAAUGCCGAUUGACAAGCAGCUUCAUUCGGAAUACAGGAGCACGUACACAUGGCACGAGUAUACAGGACCGCAUCAGGAGCACACAGUUGUGCGACGUGCACCGCAGCCACCACCGACGAAGCAACCAAGCGCGAAGCUACAAUCGGCCAAGUCAACAGAGGAUGAGAACAGCGAAGGGUCCAAUUAUACGGGGCCCGCUUUGGAACCACCAUUGCCCAGGCGAAAGAAAUGUCCGGAGCUCGCUUACAAAACGCACGAAUUUAUCACGGCAGCAGAUGGCGGUGGUAUCGACGCCAUCGAUUCGAACGUCGUAGCUGAUAAAGUACGGGAAGUUACAGCAACAUCGGCACUGCCACCAAGUCAGCUCAGUAAGGCGAUAUCUCGUAUCAGUACCGAGUACCGGCUACAGUUUGCCUGGCCUAAAAGAUCGCAGGUGACAAAUGGUGAAACCCAGGCGCCGAUUCUAGCUGCGGGAAUGCCUGCGAACGCUGCGGGCCCGCCGAGAAAAUCGCUCAGCAUGGGUGCACUUAAACAGGGUAUGGUGCCCACUGGACCUGCGCCGGUACACAAGAAGCGACCCGGUGAUCUCGAUCACAAGCGCGAUGGGGUUCAGGCAUCGGAAUUGGAACCAUUGGUGGGUGGACCGGACGGAAUCGACGGUAUGGUACCGGAGGGCGACGAGCGCGAGGAAGACCUGUCGGAUUUGAAAGUAGCUUUCAGGGGUAAAAGGUCAGGUAGAACCGUGCGGAUAUUGGACAAUAAAGUGCCGAGCAAGUCACAAGUGAGACCAUUUCCCACGGCGGAGGUGAUCGAGCUCCGGCGACUCGCUGACGAGUACAAGCAUCGUGACUGGGGUUGCGGUCUGGCAGCCGAAGACGAGGCUUCGCUGUGGAAACGAGUCUCCAGUAACCACGCGCUCAACGCCUUAUCCCUUGCCAGGUCGGUCACCAAGGAGGAGAAAGAGAAGGAGAACACGAGGAAGGUCGCGCCGAUUGCCACUAGGCCGGCAGCGGGUCGACCGUCCUCGGUACAAGGUGGACCGACGCACAGCACAAUGCAGGAAGACAUGAAGGAUAAUGAACGAGUCAUCGCUCGCGCGAGAAAGGAUUUCUUGAUCCGCCAUCAUCUCGAUCGUACUACUGGUGUGGGUGACGGUGCACUGCUUCCCUCUCCGACGAGAGAAAAGCUGGAGCCCGUGAUACCACGGCGCCGUGACGACGUCAAGGAGCAUCGGGACGAAAUUCAGCCGCGCAUUAAGUCCAGUCCGAAGAACAGUCCGAGAACCGGACGCUCGCAGAGCCUCGGACCGACCGUCACCGAUCGCAGAUCGCCUAAACGUCAGAUUCCCCGUUCAGCACCAUCUGUUACCAAGGACGCUAAGGAAAAAGAAAAAGAGACAAAGGAUAAGGAGCACAGGGAAAAGAGCGGCGAGCCCGAAAGACAUCCACGACCGACCGCGGCAGGCCCAGGCCAACGUGUCCGUUGGAGCAUACGGGAACCCGCGACUACGGUUCCCCCGGCGACUGGCCUGUCGACGCCGCCUAUACCGCCAUUACCACCGCCACCCUCGGGGCCUGCUCCGCUCCACAAGAGGCCCCCGCAAGUCCCACAUCGCAAAUCCUUCCUCGCGACCACCGCCCCUCCCCAUCGCCCUCUUCAUCACGCCAAACCCACAACCACUACCAACACCACUAACAUCACUGUCACUACCGCUAACAGUACUAGCGCAAGUACCGCCGCGGUAAAACGUUCCCCGGUAAAGUAUUCGGUUCAUAUGACCGUCCAUCACCCACCUACGUCGGGCGCUGCCGCUGCGGCCAGGCCGGAGCGCGGCGUUAAAGAUUUAAGCCAAAGGUGCCAUGGUGCGAAUGACGAGGCUCAGGCAAAAUUGGCCCGCGGGCAUCCAGCAGCUGCGGCUGCAGCCGCCGGCGAUGAUCCAUCAUCCAAAUCAUCCUUCGAUACGCGAUCCGCGUCAAAUCGAGCCGCUACUACCGCCGUCCAAGCUAUGACGGCGGAACCCCAAGUAAACGGGGAUGUCACCGGCGGGGAUUCGAGCGUCGCUUCGACGCCACCCUCGCAGACGAUAAAGGCGGUGGUGCCAGCGCCUGUCACCCAAGGAAGCCCCUGGUUGGACGACGAACCGGUGGUGAAGAGCCCGCCGGAGCCGACGAGGGUAAAAUCGCCGGAGCAAAUGAUCAUGCGCUCGCCGGAACCCGUAAACUGGACCGUACCCCUCGACACCGGCAAGACUUUCACCGUUACGCAAAAUGUCCGGGAAGAGCCUCUCACACGUCCACAUAGUGAGGCAAAGACGUGGGCGCCAUCCUCGCUACCAUCAGCGCCGCAAUCAGCACCGCCGGAGCUCGCGGCUCAGCACAAGUCGCAGCAUUCCCAGCACUCCGGCUACAAGUCUCCUGAAAGUGAGAGCGUCUCGCUCGGUAGUUUUAGUGGCAUAAACGGACAUAAGGACCUGGACUCGGAGAGGGAUAGCCCGUUGCCCACGAACGCGCCGGACAUACCCACGAAGGAUGAAAAGGAGGUCACUGACGUCGUCGAGGAGACGAAAGAGCGACAGAGCUCGGAAUUGUCGACAAAGUCGGUGGCGGGCACGAAUUUGAGAUGUCUGGAAGAUCCGACGUUCGAGAUAGAAAGAAAAAGGGAGGAUGGCAUACCGGUGGCGAUCACGACGGCACCGGUGACGACAACGUCAUCGACGUCGCCUGCGCAACAGCAGAGUUACCGCGUUCUCGAAGCUGAAUCACAAGGUGACGGCGGCAGUGGCAGCGGUACCACGGGAGGUACGGGAGGUGUAGGAGGUAGCACUGGUACUGGAGGCGGCACCAUGAGUGGCUACCACGUUCUGGAGGCACCGGCGGUGGUACCGGGCUCGGCGCAACGUUCGGCGGCGAGCGACGUCUUGGAGAAAGCGCGAAACCGCUUCGACAAGUUCUGGGGAAAGGGUAACAACGGCGCGGAGAAUUAAACCUUCGAAGGAAAGAGGAACAGUACGCGUUGACAGAGAAUUACGAACAGUCUCUUGUCUCGAUUGGGUAGGUCGGCCCUUCCCGAGAGGAGAUUAUUGUCCCACUCUGCUUUGUCCUAUCAUCGAUUCUAGAGAUGUGCGAAAUGUUCGAAUGCGAGUCGAAUCGAAUCAAGUGAGGUUCGAUUUUAUUCGAAUUUAAAUUUCUAUGGUUUAAAUCUGAACUAUUCGAAAAUGUCGAAUCUAGAUGAUCUGAAUACAACUCACAUAUAUUGUCGGUCUUAUAGAAUCAUAUUUUUCGUCAAUAAGCAGGACGGUCGUGUUAAUACAUUCAGUGCAUUUAGUACUACAAUUGUUCACUGAACGGCUGAGCAGCAAUAGAAUAUGAUUCAUUUUCAGCUUUGAAGGUAAAAAUCCGAACGAGACAGUAUUGAUAAUGAAAUAAACUACAUUAUUUUAUUUUAAUUAUACGUAUAUGUAUAAUUGGAAGAUGUGUGUUGGAUACCACAUUAGAGUAUUUUAAUAAUUUAUCUAUGGUUUUCCGUCUGUUUCAGUUACUGCGACAAUAAAUGAAGUAUAUUUUAUUAGUUGUAUAUUGAAUAUGAGUAGAAAUACAAAUUUUUAUUAAUACAGGAUUUAAGUAGAAAAAAUAUAUACAUAUACAGGUGUUCGAGAAAUAUCAGAACGCUGGAACAAUUUUGAGGGAUAAGUUUUUAACAAACAUAUUAUUGUAAUACACCUGUCCUUAAUACUACUGGGAUAACACCUUAUUUUGACUUUCAGACGCUUGUAGUGCCUAAAAUAAGCAGUGUGCAGAGUCCAUUAUAUAAUAAUCAAUGUUAUUUUUUAUAUUAAAAUAUUCUUUUAUCAUUGCGUGUUAAAAUUUGAUCUAAUAAUUACUAUAUUGUUAAUUGAAAACUAUUUUUCAACGAUUCGACUCGAUUUAAUUCGAUUCGAUAUAAAAAAAUCCAUGAUUCGCACAUCUUUAGUCGAUUGGUCUGUCCACGUGCUUUCGUAGCUUGUAGCUGCUCAAAAGAAUAUAUGUUGUACGUGAGAGCGAAAGGGGGAAAAAGAAGCGAAAUAUGGUGUCCUCUCGAACGCCAUUUUGAUAAUUCGACAAUUUCGGGAAUAAAAUCUUUCUUUACCUCAGAAUAUGCCGAUUUUGAAAACAUUCAAGACUUGCAAGAGUUGGAACAAUCGUGUAUCCUGAUUAGAAAUCGGAAUAUCUGAAAGAUACAAUUAUUAGUUAACAGAAGAGAGAAGUUUAUUGUAAAACAGAAAGAAAAACAAAUAACUAAUCCAUAUUGAAAUAAACGUUAAAAUUGCGGUCUAUAAUUUAUUUACUUACGGUCUAUAAUAAUGAUUAAGCCUGAGUUAAAUUAUCGAUCAUUAAAUAACAAAGCUUCUUUCUCCUCAAAAGACAGACUGUAGGACAGCGUCGUGAAUUCGCGAUCGUCGCAUCAUUAGUAAAAAAAAAAAGAGAAAAGUAAUUCUAGACAAGGGUACGUCAGGGUGAAAGAUUGACGUGAGAAACUUAUAUGACGACGGUGCGUGCAGGUUGCGCGUCGGUCUCGUUUCAAACUUCGAAGAAUGACUCGAAGAACGUAAUCAUAUAACACUUACAUCUGCUUGCAUAUACAAAUAGACAAUUACACCUGUAAUACGCAGACAUGUACACUCGCACACACACAAAUAGGAAAAGUACAUUCGCAUUUUUUUUUCAUCCUUUGACUGACUAGUGAUCUUAUCGCAAGGUCUCGUAGAUUAUAAAAUGAAACCACAAUUGUAUGAGUUGCAAUGAAUAAGAAAAGUAUCUGUGCGUCCCAUCUUGGAAUAAUUUUAUACAAGACAGAAAAAUAUUUUAUGUUGCAAAGGGUUUUUACCAGUGAAAUUGUUUUCACUUGUAAUGAAAUGUGAAAUAAAUCGCGGUGCAGUAA